AUGGGCCUUAAUGUUGUGAUUUUAAAAGGUUCUAACACUGGUGUCUUGCAGGUUAUGGGCAAAUCUCAACGUGCUGCCGUUGGAGGGUCACAGGAUCCGGCAGUCUCUCCCGCAAGACGUUUUACCCGGGCAUCCGCACGUAACAGCCCCCUAGAGGCAACUCAUCCCGCAAGCAGGAAUCCAUCGCCCAUCCGCAAUCCCACAAAGAAAGUGACAAAACGGAAGGGAUCUCGGGUCUCGCCACUGCUCCAACGACUCCGGUCCAUCACAUCAGAGUGGGAGAAAGAGCGCGAUGCUCGUGGUCAAAGCAUGAAGCCAACAUCUUCCACUCGAAGGGCAGUGCUUCAGGAUUCAGAGGGCCCUUUGGAGGAACAUGAUGAUAGGGAUGUUCCAUCACUUUUUGAUCCGACGGCACUGACACAGGAUGACGAUGAUACAAUCCCCCCCACACAAGCAGAUGACGAGACACUUCCGCCGACGCAGGACAUGGAGACUGCAGAGAGUGAUAUGCCACUCUUGGAUGAAGGGCCAGGCUCCGACCCCACUCUGAUGACAGGAACAGAGGCGGGCAAUAUGGCACCAUUGGACGAGAUGACAUCGCACGACGCUGGUUCGUCAAAGAAAAAGCAGGGGAGAGGGGCGGCACGAAUGCCGCGUGGAUGGGGAAAAGAUCACAGGAUGCUUGUAUUCACAUCGCCGGAUGGUAAAAGCCUCGUCGGACCCGACGUAAACGAGUACAAGACAGCCAUUGGGGUCAUUGCACGCAACGGAGCUCGACUUCCUCUACAUUACCCCACGUUCGCUGAGAUACCGGAGACGAAGAGACAGGGUGCAUGGAUGGAGGUUCAGAGUAACAGCGGAUUACCAGACUCAGCGGAGAAAGUGGUCUUGGCUGACCUAAGGGAAGUUUGGAGGCUUACAAAGAAAGCUAAAACAACACUAAAUUUAACUUAA